GCUGGGCACCGAGGAGGGUGCCCUGUGGCCUGUGGCCUGUGCCUUGUGUCGUCCUGAGACCGCCCUGGUGAGAGCCAUGCCGGGGGAGGACAGCGAGGCAGCCGGCGGUCCUGCAGUUCGGAUCGUGGCUGAUGACGGCGACGCGUCUCCCCCGUGUCCCCGCUCGGCACAGCCGAGCCCGCCGGCGUCCUGGGCGCUCUCUCCAGCGCCGGACGGGUCCGCGCAGGGCGGCGGUCUGACGUCGGGCCACGACAUCUGCCGCGCCAGGUCUGCGCCAGACCAGAGGUCAGGCCGUCUGCUUGUUAGGUGCCCAGACCCGGGGUUUUACCGGUCCGAGUUCCGAUCCACCGAGGACAUGAUGAUGGGCAGCAGGUACAACGUGCGCGACUUCACCGACGACUUCAGCGCCAUGGACCCCAGUCAGUUCCACUUCUACGACUUCGGGAUUCAGGACUUCCUGGUCAUGAAGCGGCACACGACCGUGGAGCUGGACGACGAGCCGGAGGGGAUGCAGCAGGGCGACUACAACCAGGGCAUGAGUAUCUCCCCCGGCCCCUACCUCAGCGACUCGGAUCUGUCUGUCACCAGCAUCGAACUCUCCCCAGAGCAGGUGCUGUGGGAGAAGAAGCUGACCGAAGAGGCGUCCAUCCUGAAGAACUGCCUGCUGCGGCGUGGCCGGCGGCAGACCAACUCCUCGCACGAGGUCGGCCGGGGCCGCGUGCGCGUGCUCAGCCGACGCGCCACUGAGAACUGCUUCGGUCUGCAGACCAAUGCGGCCAGCAAGAAGGUGCUCAUCCGACCUGUAUCCGUCACAGAACUGGGCAGGCAGGGUGAUGAGGGGGAGAGCUGCCGGCUGGACAUCGGCGAAGACUGUGGCAGCGGCUGCAGCCUCAGCAGCGGCUAGCCGGGGGCGCCACCGUGUCACCUCGACCGCACCAGGCCAGACAGGAACUGGCCUUCACGGCCAUUUGGAUCAAGCGCUGGAUUCUUCGAACCGACAGCCGCCAACAGCGUCAGUAACCCACUUGCUUGUCAGACCGGCAACAUCCGGCGUCGUCGGUAAUGCCCUGGAGUUGUCAGACUGGCACCGAUCUGGCAGCGUCCUAGGCCCGCUGUGUGAGGACGGCAGAUCUGGCAGCACCAGGCGUCGCCGGUUCUCGUCACGCUGGCAGCUCCAGCGGCGUCACGUGCGUCUGUACCCGUCAAACCGAGCGCUCUGACGGGGCUGUGUGUGUGUUCUGGAUCUGUCACACUCCUGCUCCAGCGGUGACACGUGUGUCGCAGUUCUGGCAAUUUGCCAUGUCUGGCAAUAGCGUCCGUUUUUUAAACCCUGCCAGGAAGCUCAUUCCUCGGAUGCCCGCACUUCCCUCCAGGUUGAAGGCAGGUACCGCCAUGUAUUAUCUAAGCGAUGAGUGUGUCCUUAAGUCCCUAUGAAAGCGCCUGGGAAGCCCUCGCAGCCAUGCGUGCUGUUGGCCUGUCAAGCUCACAGCUCUCUCAUCGCCAGGCAGGCGACACGAGCGUGGGAAGGUUGGACACUGGCUCAUGGAAUAUUGGGCGCUUCCCGAAGCUGUUCGUUCGGCGUCAGUUUUGUUCAAGAAAUGUGCAUUCGAUUAUAAUUUGUUGUGCCUUGUGUUUGCUGGAUGCAUGCGGCUUAGCAGGGCUUGUCUUAGUUAAGCGAUGACAGCUGUAUUGGUGUGGACGU